GAUGGCCAAAUCAUAUGCGGGUGCACGUCUGAUUAUUUUAGACAAAUUUUAAGGAUAAGUUUCUUCACGUUCUUAUCAGCAUUAUGUGUGGUUCUUCAUCUUGUAGCAACGGCCCUGUCAGGACUAAGCUGUGCAGAGCUUCAACUAUUAACAGGAUGUACAAAGCAUCCUGGUACCUUGGUCUGUUACUGCUGUACCUCAUCACUUCCAUGUACCCCCACCGAAAACGCAAUCUCGGUAGAGGGUGUCAAAGAUUGUUCCAUUAUAUCAUCUACAAUACGACUUGUGAUGUUCGUCAUCUGUGUCGCAAAUAUAGUAGCAUGUCUCAUCUGUAUAGCAGCUACUAUUGUUGGAUGUGCAUAUAUUGUCAAGAGGCAUUCUAAUAGAAGGAUGGUAUUACGAAGGCCUCACCACACAGGCAGUAUAGCAAGAGAUUCUUAUAUAAAUGACAUAGGGGGUGUAAUAGACCCUGUGUUUACCCCUCCUUUGGUACCACCACCCCCAUAUUCCCCACCUGAAUACACAGAGAUCUCAAAUGAUCCCAUCAUCAUAGAAGGACCAGAUUUCUUAGAUGAUCUCUCAACACCCACACCGGUCCUACCUGUAGCGCCUCAUGAGAUGCCCCCUCCAUAUUCAACAAUCAACAUCCUCCCUGGUACAACAAUAGAAUGUUCCGUUGCUCAGGAAUUUCAGGUGACAAGUGAAGAGGUAGGCAAUCACUUUCUUUCAAUUUUCUUAUAGCCACAGUUUUGGUUCCUGAAUAAACUUUCAACAUUUUUUUUUUCAUGAAUGGUAUUUUAGCAUCAUAUAGGCCUGAUAUUUGUUCUCCCACUUAAAUACUCCCCCAAGGAAGGAAACUGUGAAUUUUCACUUUUAUAUCUAACUUAUGCAUAUCCAGGAGGGUAAAAUAUUAUCAUUGUCCGAAAGGAUAAUAUGAUGUAAAUAUUUGUUUUCUGUUCAAGUGCAUUUUUGUAUGAAAAAAUACUCCUGACUCUGUAAAUGGAACUAUAGACAAAAAAGACACCAAGUAUAAAGUUUGGCCAAUAACAACAUUUCCAGGGCAAACAUUUAAGUGGCAAACAACUGAAGUUUAAUACUUUGUGUAAUUAAGGUCAUUACAAAGUCAUUUAUUUUUCAAUAUUGAUAUUGUAGAUACAGUAGCAGAAGUUAUUUGCUUGUUUUUUCAGAGACCCUCAUAUCAUAGCAGAUAUAUAGGUCAGUUUAGGUCAACAGACUUCAGCUGUAUUCUUGGUUUAUUCUCUAUUCAUAGUUAUCAAGCUAGUUAAGGGCUUUUAUGGCUGAGUGCUUUUGCAUGUAAAUAAAACAGCAGGUGCAAAAUAGAUUUUCUUUCUGUACCUACUAUGUUGAAAAAUUCAGGUUUUACACCCCACCCACCCCAACC